AUGAUUUGUUCAGCUCCGGACUACAGCCUGGUCGGUAUCUACAUCCCCAUUCCACCGCGACACCUCUCUUCGGUCUCUCGACGCCGGAAAUGGACUGUGAUGAUUCCAUUCAGAGGAGCCAUUGGCGAGAGCAAGCGAGAAUUCGACCACGAUUUGUUAUGUUUCAGAGCUCCCUCCUCCCGGGGACGAACUCCUCCAGGGAUGAUUGCGAUGGGCUGUUUUGGCACAACCCUUGCAUGGUGGUGUGUCACUCGGCCGGUCCAUGAGGUUAUCGCCGCUCAUGCUGAUGACGAUCCUGCAGCCAAACUCUUCGUUUCUUUUUCCCUUCUCCAUAGUCCAUUCCCUUUCCGGAGAACGGAGAGCUCUGGCUCGGAUGAGUUGACCAUUAUUUGUUUAUUAUUUACCAUUUAUCAUAUUUAUCAUUUACCGUCUUAUUUAUUCUAUGUUACUUAA